AGCGCACCUGGUGUACGGAGCUGCGGACCUGCUGCUGGUGCCCUCGCUGUGGGAGCCCUGCGGACUCACGCAGAUGAUUGCGCUGCGGUACGGGGCGGUGCCGGUGGUGCGCAGGACGGGCGGACUGGCGGACACCGUGUUCGACCUGGACGGACCCGAGCCCCCUCACAACACACCCGAGGCUGAGCAGCAGAUGCAGCAGCAGCAGUACGGCAGCGGGAGCAACGGUACGACAGGUAACGGCAACCACUGCAACGACCAACCGUCAGCAACCGCCGCCAUCAGUCGCCGCAACGGCUUCACGUUCGACGGGGCGGACGAGGGCUCGCUGUACGGCGCACUGGAUCGAGCGCUGUCGCUGUACGGCAGGGAUCCGGAGCGCUGGCGGCAGGUGGUGUCGAACAACAUGCGGCAGGACGUGAGCUGGUCCCGGUCCGCCGGCCGCUACCUGGCCCUCUACCGCUCCCUCAUCCCCUGGUACUGAUGAUGAGGGGUUGCGUGAUGACUGUCAGGGGGC